AUGGCACCUCCUUCUGACCACGAAUGUCUCCACGUUCACACCCUUUCGGGGAGUUGGUUCGUCAGGCAGUUGCAGCUGACCGAACUCAACAAAGCCCUCCAAGACCUUCUCGCCGAGGAUGAUGAGAGCUUUAUCUCAAUCACAAGGACUAAGGACGAGCUUUCUGUGGUGGGGGUAUAUCGCGAAGGGAUAACCCCCAGUGAAUACGCUGAGUUUGCGACCUGGAGUGCUUUCAAGAUCGCAGGGCCGAUGGAAUUCAAUCUUACGGGUGUGCUGAGUGGGUUUACAGAACCACUCAAGCGCAGUGAAAUAGGCAUCUUCGCUGUUUCCACGUGGAACACGGAUUACAUUCUAGUUAGAGGGUUUCAAUUCGUACAACGAGAGAGAGUGAAACUGAUUGGCCAAAUUCGAUGUCCAGAGCUCCCACACCGACCUGCGUGGUCCCGAAACGAUUUCACUCUCCUCUUGGAUCCCAGCAAUCACAUCUCGUUCAUGGACAGCGAUGCCACAUUGGCGGCGAAAAUUCAGCAGGGAUUCCAAAAGCGCAUUCUGCCUUCAAGGUCCCGGAGAGGCGGGCCUGGUGUAGGAAGCGGCAUAGGCAGCUGCGAUAUCGACGACUUGAUUCUACAUAAUGAGGCGAGGCCUGAAUUAGACUCCGUUGUCCCCUCCGACACCGUCAUAUUAUUCAGGACCGACGACAGACUCGAGCAAGUUGCCCAAGAGCUGGCCAUUGCCGGUCCUUCUGCCGCUAUCAAUGUCACUGCUCGCGAAACAUAUUUUGACCGUCCGGACGUCAUAAAAGGCUUCCGCGAGCAACUCGAAAUUGAGGUGCCCUCUUUCGAGAUUGUGCAGGUCACCUCCCGAUUACGAGCGAAGGUUCCUACUACCCUCCCAGAUCCAUCUGCCGCAGAUUCAGACUCGGUCUAUGAGAAGCGUCAUCGCAAAUUCGAGGCGUUUGAGAAGCGCCAACGGCUACGAGAGAAGGAGAAACUAAAGCACGAGCAAUACAAACUCAAAGAGCGGAUUGACCAGCUAAGAGCAAUGGACAAUUCUGCCUUUCUGGCUGCCCCUGCGGACUGGUUCUCUCCUCGACCUUUGCACCAAGACUACGUUGACGAAGACGCCGGUCUCGGGAUUCUUGGUGCCACUCCCCAGCAAUAUGCGGAAGGAGAGCGUCGAAGGCGAGAGAUGUUGGAGAAUGCGCAAAGUUUAGAGGAACGCUAUCGCAUUCUUCUACCCGCUCGCAAACAGUCCAGCGCUGAUGCACUUUUGACACCCGAGGAGCCAUACUCAGAGGACGAACCCCCGCCACAGAAAAAUCCAAAGUUGGUCAUAACACGGUUCAAGCAGUCGCAGCCGUCUACUUCGAGUCCCGCCUCGCCGAACAAAAAACGGCGGCGUACUUCUCCUGCACCUUCAAGUCCUCGCAAAGGCCGAUUAAUAAAUUACCCGCAUCCUAUUGAGGAGGAUGAACUCGAUCCGGACUACGAGAGACCGGUCAAGGCCAAGGGUCGCCCCAAAUCGUCGCGUAAACGGGCGAAACUUGACCACCACCCGCAUUCUCAGCUGCAGUUCGGUUAUGUGCCUGACCAGCCUAUUGAUGUUGUUGGUGACGAUGUUCCCAUUGAGCAGCCACCUCCGCCACCUCCAGAACCCCCGACGGUGGAUGGACACUUGACAGACGAGGAGCGACAAAUAGUCGAACAACACUUAAUGGUCGAUGACGAGCCUCCUGCUGUUGUUGAACACCCGCUUAUGGUUCACCAGCCUCCUGUCAUUGAACAACCUCCUGCUAUUGAGCAACAUCCUUCUAUAGAACAACCUCCUGCUAUCGACGAACCGCCCGCUAUCGAGCAACCUCCUGCUAUCCAACAAAUUCCUGCUAUUCAAGAACAUCCAGAACCUCCUGCUUUCGGACAUUAUCCUGCAUUUAGUCAAUAUCCUGGCCUAGAUCAGUAUCCGACAUUCCAUCCUCCAAGCGAUCAAUAUUUCCCAGAUGGGCAAUAUCCCGCAAUGGCACAAUAUUCCUCGAUUGAACAACCUCCCGCCAACGGUCAUUAUCCUGAAAUGGAACCUGAACAGCCUCCUGGUAUCCAGCUUUAUCCUCAAAUGGAACAAAUUGAACAACAUCCUCCAAUUGAACAACUCACUGUGUUUGAACGGGCAGCUUCACCAUUUAGCUCUGACGACCCAAGCAUGCUAACUCCUCCGCCGAAAUCAGAGUCCACAUCUUCAUAUCGCGAUGAGUCUGUACCUCCCAUUCAAACGCUGUCUGCCCCCGUUGCUCGUGGCACACGUGGUACUCGUGGAAAUCGUGGAACUCGUGGCGCUCGCGGUGGUCGUGGUGGUCGUGGUGCUGGUCGUGGUGUUGGUCGUGGUGCUAGUCGUGGCGGUGCCCGUGGCGGCAACCGGGGUCGAGGUCGGGGUGGUAGAAUUUCUCUACCCGCUCCCCUUGCCCCUCCCGUUCCCGUUACCCCCCCUUCUACUACUGCCACUCCCGCCGAACCCACUCCCGCUCCUUCUCCUCCACCACAAACAGUCCGAGUAUCCGCUCCUCCUGCCACCCGAGGAGGCAGGGUAUAUAACGUUCAUCGGAAAUCUAUCACCACCGUGCUUGCAAUUCCGGCGAACGCAACUUCCGCGUAUCGCAAGUUGGUCAAAACACCGUCCAUCAUGGUAGCCGCCGGACGAACAUCACGGAAUACUCGGGACGCGUUUGGUGUUAAAAUACCAUCAUUCCUAACCAGCAAAGAGGAAUAUGAGUUUGAGUUGCCAUUAUCCAUCCGAGAAUGGGUCCGCGAGGAGGGACCGCUUCCGGAAGGUCCUGAGCAUUGGGACGAUGAGCGAGUGGUGCAAGAAAGCCGGCGGGUUGCAUUAGGCGUGGAUGAUGAUGACCCCUUGUCUGACCUCGACUCAGAUGAGCCCACGAGUGACUCCAAGGAUGAACUUGACGACACUGGCGAGUCUAAAUUACCUAGCCUUGAGCCCAGCCCCGAACCAGAAGACCGGAUGGACAAUUCGAAGGAGGAUGCUCCUGGCACACCCAAUCCAGAACAGCAAAUGAAUUUCGCAGAUAUGCCUGAAGACCCUGGCCAGUUUCAACCACUGAAUAUUGAUCCACAACGGCACAUGGUCGAUUUCCCGCAGGACCUACCGGGUCAGCCUGAGCCACAAACUUCCGAACCACAUCAGUCCAUACCUGACUUUGUGCCGAUGGAGAUCAAUCAUGUCGAUUUUUUGACGGGCGAGUCGGAGUCUGUGUUCAGGCCCCCAGCCUCGAUCGAAGAGUUGGUCAAAACCGAAAUCCCCCCCGCGGACCAAUUCCGAACGGGGCAUUAUGGACAGUUACCGGAAGCCAACGAAGACGUGUUUAUGGCCGUCGUGGACAGCAAAGCUACGGCUGAGCGUGCAGUGUCCUACACUCGCCACGCUUCAAUCGGCAAUGGCAAUGGUCAUGCGGGUGUUUAUAUGAGCCAACGGAUAUCGGACCCAUUAGACGACUUGGAUGACGAGCUGGCGCUGCGGGAUGAGGCGGAUUUCCUUGCGGUCAACGACACUGAAUACAUGGGCAAGAAUUCACUAAGGAGUAGGGGCAAGAAGGAGGCGACGCCUUCUAAAGGGCGACGGCGGCAGACACCAAGGAAGGUUGCUCCCUCGCUACCACCGGAUGACGACGAUGCAUUUGAGCGGGACGCGUAUAAGACAAUGUAG